AUGGGGGCAACUACGGACUGCGACGACGGGCCGGCGAUCGGCAUCGACCUCGGGACGACCUACUCGUGCGUGGCUCUCUGGCGGCCAUUGCACAACCGCGUCGAGGUCAUCCCCAACAACCUCGGCAACCUCACCACGCCGUCCUGCGUCGCCUUCACUGACACAUGGAGGCCCAUCGGCGAAGCUGCCGUGAACCAGGCGGCGAGGAACCCUGUCAACACCAUCUUCGACGUGAAGCGACUAAUCGGCCGGCAUUUUAGCCACUCGUCCGUUCAAGGAGAUAUCAAGACGUGGCCUUUCAAAGUCGUCUCAGGUCCCAGCGACCGGCCGAUGAUCGUGGUACAGUACAAGGAUGAAGAGAAGCAGUUUGAGGCCGAGGAAAUCUCGGCCAUGGUGCUCGCCAAGAUGCGGGAGAUCGCAGAGGCGUACCUCGGCACCGAGGUGAAGAGUGCCGUCAUCACUGUCCCGGUCUACUUCAACGACUCCCAGCGCCAAGCCACCGUGGAUGCCGGUGCCAUUGCCGGCCUGAACGUCAAGCGCAUCAUCAACGACAACGAGCCCUCCGCCGCCGCUAUCGCCUACGGUCUGGACAGGAUACCCCACAUCGAUGAAGAAAAGACGGUGCUCAUAUUUGAUCUCGGCGGCGGUACCUUGGAUGUCUCAGUUAUCAACAUUGAUCCUGCCUCCGACAUUGGUAUAAGCAUCUUCGAGGUGAAGGCCACGGCUGGUGACACCCACCUUGGUGGCGAGGAUUUCAACACCCAGAUGGUGAAACACUUCGUGCGGGAGUUUGUGUUGAAGUACAAGAAGAAAGACAUCAGAAACAACGAGACUGCGCUCCGGCGACUGAGGACGGCCUGCGAGAGGGCGAAGAGGAUGCUAUCUUCAGCAGUGCAGGCUAAAAUUGAGAUCGAGUCUCUCCACGACGGCAUUGACUUCUAUGGUAGCAUCACCCGCGCCAAGUUUGAGGAGCUCAACUUGGACCUGUUCCGCAAGUGCAUGGAGCAUGUGGAGAAGUGCCUCGCUGACACCAAGAUGGACAAGUCUCAAAUCCACGACGUUGUCCUCGUGGGUGGCUCCAGUCCGAUCCCAAAGGUGCAGGAGCUGCUACAGGAUUUCUUCAACGGGAAGGUGCUCUGCAAGAGCAUCAACCCUGACGAGGCCGUCGCCUAUGGCGCCGCUGUCCAGGCCGCUAGCCUCAAUGGAGAGUGCGAGAAGAAGGUGCAGGACUUGCUCCUGCUCGACGUCACGCCGCUCUCCCUUGGGAUAGAGACCGUAGGUGGUUUCAUGAGCGUGGUGAUCCCCAGAACAACCACCAUCUCGUGCAAGAGGGAGCGGAUUUACACGACCGUACACGACAACCAGACAAGCAUACACAUCCAGGUGUUCGAGGGUGAAGCGGUGAUGACCGAAGACAACAAUCUCCUCGGCAAGUUCACACUGCACGGAAUCCCCCCAGCGCCAAGGAGCGUCCCCAAGAUCAAUGUGGCAUUCGACAUCGAUGUCAACAGUAUCCUGAAGGUGACGGCGCAGGACACGGCGACUGGAAACAAGAACAGCAUCACCAUCACUACGGACAAGGGUGGGCUGAGCAAGGAGGAGAUCGAGCGCAUGGUGCAGGAUGCUAAGAAAUACAAGUUUGAGGACAAGGAGAGUGGUGUGCAAUGGCUGAGCAAGGAGGAGUUCGUGCGGUUGGUGCAGAAGAAACGCAUGUCGCAGUCCCAAGACAACAACCAAACUAAUAAGAAGAUAAAGAAGGAAGUGGAAACACAUGAGGAGGACAACCUGCUUGAUUUUUUUGCCUUUCUUUGA